CCCGUUCACCGACUACGGCUCCUCGCUCACUGUCGCUCUGCCGUCCGAGCUGCAGGCGCACCAGCCCUUCCAGGUCAUCCUGCGCUACACCUCCACUGACGCCCCCGCCAUCUGGUGGCUGGAGCCGGAGCUGACCUAUGGCAGCGCCAAGCCCUUCGUGUUCACCCAGGGCCACUCCGUGUGCAACCGCUCCUUCUUCCCGUGCUUCGACACGCCUGCGGUCAAGUGCACCUACUCAGCAGUUGUCAAGGCCCCAUCGGGGGUGCAGGUGCUGAUGAGCGCCACCCAGAGCACGUUUGUGGAAGAGGAGGGUGUCUACUGCUUCCACAUGGAGCACCCCGUGCCUGCCUACCUCGUGGCCCUCGUGGCUGGAGACCUCAAGCCCGCUGACAUCGGGCCCAGGAGCCGUGUGUGGGCUGAGCCAUGCCUGCUGCCCACGGCCACCAGCAAGCUCUCGGGCGCGGUGGAGCAGUGGCUGAGUGCGGCCGAGCGGCUGUACGGGCCCUACAUGUGGGGCAGGUACGACAUCGUCUUCCUGCCCCCGUCCUUUCCCAUCGUGGCCAUGGAGAACCCCUGCCUCACCUUCAUCAUCUCCUCCAUUCUGGAGAGCGAUGAGUUCCUGGUUAUUGAUGUCAUCCAUGAGGUGGCCCACAGCUGGUUCGGCAACGCCGUCACCAACGCCACGUGGGAGGAGAUGUGGCUGAGUGAGGGCCUGGCCACCUACGCCCAGCGCCGCAUCACCACAGAGACCUACGGUGCUGCCUUCACUUGUCUGGAGACUGCCUUCCGCCUGGACGCCCUGCACAGGCAGAUGAGGCUGCUGGGGGAGGACAGCCCGGUCAGCAAGCUACAGGCCAAGCUGGAGCCAGGUGUGAACCCCAGCCACCUGAUGAACCUGUUCACCUACGAGAAGGGCUACUGCUUCGUGUACUACCUGUCCCAACUCUGCGGGGGCCCCCAGCGCUUUGAUGGCUUUCUCCGAGCCUAUGUGGAGAAGUACAAGUUCAGCAGCGUGGUGGCCCAGGACCUGCUGGACUCCUUCCUGAGCUUCUUCCCAGAGCUGAAGGAGCAGAGCGUGGACUGCCGGGCAGGGUUGGAGUUUGAGCGCUGGCUCAAUGCCACGGGCCCACCGCUGGCCGAGCCAGACCUGUCUCAGGGGUCCAGCCUGACCCGGCCAGUGGAGGCGCUCUUCCAGCUGUGGACCGCGGAGCCCCUGGACCAGGCGGCCGCCUCGGCCAGCGCCAUUGACAUCUCCAAGUGGAGGACUUUCCAGACAGCGCUCUUCCUUGACCGGCUCCUGGACGGGUCCCCACUGCCCCAGGAGGUGGUGAUGAGCCUGUCCGAGUGCUACUCCUCCUUGCUGGACUCGAUGAACGCUGAGAUCCGCAUCCGCUGGCUGCAGAUCGUGGUCCGCAACGACUACUACCCUGACCUGCACAGGGUCCGGCGCUUCCUGGAGAGCCAGAUGUCGCGCAUGUACACCAUCCCGCUGUACGAGGACCUCUGCACUGGCACCCUCAAGUCCUUCGCGCUGGAGGUCUUCUACCAGACACAGGGCCGGCUGCACCCCAACCUGCGCAGGACCAUCCAGCAGAUCCUGUCCCAGGGCCUGGGCCCCAGCGCGGAGCCCGGUGCAGAGCCCGGCGCGGAGCCCGGUGGUCCUGGAGCAGACGCAGAUGCGCGCCCUCAGGCCCUGCUGCGUGGGGACGAGGCCCCAGGCAGCACCAUCUCUCUCAGGGACGUCAACGUGUCCGCCUAGCCCUGUGGCCGGGUGGCCCUCGGCCUCCCAGACGCCAUGAUUGUGCCUUCCCAGUCCGGGCCGCCAUGACUGCACCUCGGUUCUGGCCCUGAGCUCUGGGGCUCCCCUGGGCUGGGGCAUGGGGACAGAGACCUCCUCGUGUCCCCCAGAGGCCCAUGGACCUGGGCCACCCCCCAGCUCUCUUGCACUGCAGGCCUGGGGCUGAAUGGCAUGCCACGCCUGUCUCGACACUGCCGUCUGCGCUAGCCCGGAUUGCCAGCAGCCCACGGCCACCACCACACUGUGCCUUAGUCGGCCGGAAGCACGCCUCGCACAGGGCUCUGAGCCAGCCCCUCCCCGCAGGGCUGCGCCCGCCCCAACAGGACGAGGACGCAGACCUGCCCGCAGCAUGGGCAUGGGCACAGGAGGCGAUGGGUGUUCCUGGGGCGGAGGAAAGCCUUAGCCCUCAGAGAGUGCCGGCCCGGGACGGGGCAUAGGGACAGGACGCCUGCCGAUGGGGCUGCCGGGCGGGUGCCCUGCACAGCAGGUCCAGGAGACGGGGUGCAGGUGGUUCCCUAGGCCCGCUGUGGCAGAGGUGCGGGGCCUGCAAUGGGAUAUCACAGUGACUGCCCCAUUAAACCUCCACUGCAAGGUCCUGUCCUG